AUGGCUGUCUUCGGCGACUUUGCUCUGAAGGAUGUUCCAGUCGGGUCCACUCUGGACAUUGUGGUUUUUCAGGUCAAUGGUGGCAUCUACAAGGGCGCGAUGCAUGGGGAUUUGUAUUCUUGCCCAAACUUGGGACCAGGCUUUUGGACACUUUUCGGCUACACCCUUAGCUCCGUUGAGCGUAACGUGGGAUAUCUUACAUGCAACGAAGAGUCCAGGGCAUUCCCAAAACCUGACCACUCGGCAGCCGCCUUUGGAACAGUUGUGGAGGUUUGUGCAGGAAUCGGUGGCCUCGGCCUUGGAGCUCGGUUUUCGGGCAUGCACAUACUUCUGCAGGUCGAAAGGACGGACAUUGCUUGUGAGACACUACGCUUGAACGGUGGACCUGUGCUCGCCGGUGACAUCGGCGCCCCAAAGGUUCAAUACAGCAUUGCUAAGGCGUGUCAGGGCCAAGGCCACCUCUUGGCAGCCAGCCUCUCAAGCCACAGCCUCUCUUUGCCUGGCAUGGAAGGAGGACACCCGAACUGGGAAACACAUAUCCUCGGUCAGAUUCUCCAGGUUGCAUGGCGAAACCAAGUGGCGGGACUGCUUCUGGAAUGUCCGCCUGAGGUGCAAGACCGGCCACAGGCCCUGCAACUUCUGCAGCACUUCGCGGCUCGUAUGCACUUUAAGGUACAACAGGUUGCGCUCGAACUGGGCGAUCAGUGGGCAUCCCGCCGCAAUCGCUGGUGGUUCGUCAUGCUCCCACAGGAAUUGCCAGAUCUGCACUUGCCCUGUUGGCUGCCCACUCCGACUCCCACAUUGGUGUCGGACGUGAUUGCGGAAUGGCCACUCUGGCCCGUGGAGCAGGAAAAGGAACUUGCCAGGAGUCCGGAAGAGGUCCAGUGGGACAGCGAAACCGUGGGUGGCCCCGAGAGCCACUGCCUGGAUACCCAAAGACAAGCCCCUCAGGCUCUUCACAGUUGGGGCUCUGAGUUGCAGGCCUGUCCGUGCGGCUGCCGUGAAGCAGGCUUCUCCGAGGCCACGCUGCGUGCCAUGGGCCAUAGGGGUUUUAGGGUUCUUGGCCCUUUUGGGGUUAGGCUUCCUCACGCCGGUGAGGUAGGUUUCCUUAAUUCCCUCCCCGCCUCCUUCCUGCAUCCCCCGGCCUCGCGUGCAGCAUUAUGCUUGGUUGGCCAAAUCACCGCCCCUCUGCAGUCCUUGUGGAUAACCGCACAUGUUGCAGCCUGGGCCGAAUCAACUUUUACCACAGGCGGCACGACUGACCCGAGCAGGCUGAUCCUGGAUUACAAGCGCUACCUGCUUGAGACUCGCCGGGACCUUUGGCUUGUGCCGUCCCUUCAGCCAGCCUCUCUCUUGCAGCUGAUAAGUGGUGAUUCUACAUUUGACCUCAAGGUUUCAGGACCGACACGAGUCCAGGCUUUGGCACAGGCUGAGAAGGACCUACACGGGCCAGGCUUCUUGAUUCGGAUCUUCGAGGGCAAUCGCAAACUCCAGCCCAACGCCUUUUUGCAUCCAGACCUCCCUUCAGGCACUUAUCGCCUUCAUGAGGUGCAUGUCAAGUCGGCGUGCCGUUCUGUGCCUUCAUCUCCUGCCUCUGCUCCACCCACAGGCACCACAGACGUCACGAUCUGGGCCGGCUUGCUUCGGCUGCAGGCUGCCUGUGCUCAGCCGGUCUUUAUCGUUCCACCGGCGACUGCCACGAACUGGCUUCGACUUGCCUGGCUUUACGAUGAGACUGACAACGGCAUUGAUUUCCAAUGGCCAGCUGCCUGUGAAGCUGUUUUCCUCCCCUUCCUUUGGGAUGCCCAUUGGUCUUUGCUGGUUUUGAGCUUUGCCGGCGGCUCUGUGCCCUCCGCUUCGCUCUUCGAUGGCCUCGCCGGCCACAGCCUGGAUGCUGCCCGGAGCCUCCUGCGCUUUGUGUGCAAGGUGUGUAAUUUGUCCUGCCCGGAUGUUGAGCUACCUCAGCUGCCACUGCAAACUGAGCCGACCUCAUGUGGUCCCAUGCUCCUUGCCUUUGCUGCUCAGGCCAUGCAAGGAUUCAACGAUCCCUUUCAGGUGCUAUACCAGGAUGCUGUCAGCUUCUGUAAUUGCAUGCCACCGCAUAGUGCAAAGCUGUGGGGCCAAGGUGGACUUUCAGAUGCUCAGCAGAGUUCCUUAAAGGCGCUGCUUGUUGAAAGAGGUGUUCCUGAGACAGCUGUCGCUGACCGGGUUCAGGCAGCGGUUCAAAAAUUGGGCGCGGGGAUCAUCGCAAAAUCCCUCUCGGCCGAAAACCCCUGGCAGGCUCUUAAAGCAGCCGGCUCAGCGCCGAACCCAUUGUACCGCUGGGUCCGCCCUGAGGAACUUCGUGUAUAUGCCCAAAAGAAAGCCUCGCUGCAAUUCGGCACUGCCGUCGGCAAUGCCAAAGCCCGCAAGCAAAAGCCCAGCCGGCCCCUGAAACAGGCAUUGAGUGUUGACCCUCUUUCUUUGCAGCUUGCAGCAGGGUCAUUUGUGUCAGCACAGAAUGCUCCAUUGGCCCAGCUUGCUUUCGAUGAGGUUGUCUCCCAGGCGCAGGGCGUUGCCUUCUGCACGGCCCAGCAAAUGAUGCCCUUCAUUGCCGACUAUAAGCCGCUUAGCGUGGAUGCCCUAGCCUUGAUCUCCACUGCUCCGCUGCCAGCAGAGAGUUGUGCGGGAGCUCCGAUUUCGAACAUCCGCUUUCCAGCAGUGUUCUCUCCCACCCAAGAGGCAGUCCUCCUCAGCGGCUCCAUGUUGCAAUUGGGUGACGAACAAGUCCAAUUGUCUUCAGCUGAUGCAGAUAUGGGCGAGAUCGACCAGCUUGAUACCAUCACUGGUCGGAUCUCUCUUUAUCGUGACGAGGCACAACUGGACUGGGAAGUCUUUGCAAAAGCCCCGGUGAAAUCGCUCCUGCAACAUGUUCCAGGCUUGAACCUUUGCCGUGACAAAAGCUGCAAGGGCGACUGUGCUUCCUUCCAUCCGGCGGUGGAUGAACGUGUUGAGCACAUGCUCCUUGAUGUCUGGGCCCGCCAGUUCACUAAGCUUGAGGGCGGCAGGACCGAUGCCCUUGCAGCACAGGUCUUCCAAACCUUGGUUCGAGUCCCGAGCUCAGCAGCCAAACACUUGCAACAUGUCAGCGUGCCCGGUUUCUACUUUGAACCGCGAGCUACCACCGGAUUCGGGCCCCAUCCGGCAUAUGCGGUUGUCUGGUUGCCCGGCCAUGAUAGGGCACAAGUCGUACACCUGCUUCGCACCUGUGACAAAGCCAUCGGCUUGGCUCGCCUGGGCUCUAAGUUUGGGUUGCGGGUUCUCGACGAACAUGAGCAAGCCGUCUUUCAAGAGCUGCGCCCGCAGCACACCUUCGUUAAGGUCAGGAUACAGGCCCGCUGGAAGCUGCACCCUUUGCCCCACGGCACCCAACGCCAUGCACUUGUGCAGUUGCUGAGCAAGUGGAAGUGGCCAGCCCGCCCACUGCAACCAUGCAAGGGCGACUCCUCAGGUUGUGCUUGGGAAGUCGGCAGUGCAGUCGACCCUCCUGCUUCCAUUAUGCAGGCUGGUGACUCUUAUGUGUUGAUCCACAAGACCAAGGGCGUUGGACCGCAGGCCCGACCAGAGGCCCUGUGUGCCUCUAACCGCACUCGGCGACGCAUCCUGUACGAUGAUCCAGAGAUCCCAGCUCCAUCAGCCGAUCCUUGGGCUGGCGGUUUGGACCCAUGGAGCCUUGCACGCCCGCCGCCUGGUCUUCUUCCCCCUUCGGGGGCCGCCUCUAGCUCGGCUCAGCCUUCGGCUGCUGCAAGCAAGAUCACGCAGGUGAAAUCCGAAUUGCAAGCUGGACUUGAAACUCUUGUCCGAAAGGAAGUCCAGACCGCCACCGCUGCAUGCGCCGCCCCUGCGGCUGAUCAGGACAAACGGCUGUUGCAGUUGGAGACAGGCCUCAAGGAGGUCAAGCUCCAAAACAGUAAAUUUGAAGAGUGGUUCGCCACUCUCGGUUCACAGAUGCAGCAGCAAGCGCAGCAGGUCGUUGAGGUCCAACAAGCAGUGACUGCCCAAAAGGCCGAGAUCGGGUCCCUUCGCACCGAGGUCUCCGGAUCCAUCAUUCAGGCCGUGACCGCGCUACGCAGCGACAUGUCCGAGCAAUUCACCGCCCAGACGGCUUCCCUGGAGGCCCUGCUCUCCAAAAAGCACCGAUCUGAGCCGAUGCGACUUGGGCCUUUCCGUUUUCUUCAGUUCCUGCUUUGGUUUAGUGCUCUGGCAGCCCCGGCCCAAGCAUGCAGCUUUUCUCCUUUUCGCCGCUUUGGAGAGGCAUCUCACCCAGGGCCUGAGCCCCUGGUGUCUUUUGGCACCUCCAACCCCAGCGGACUGCGAGGCAAGGAGCAACAUGCGGCCGACCUCGGCCCUGGAGUUUGGCACUUCUCCGAGACUCAGCUCUCCGCUGUCGGUUUUACCUCUUCGUCUCGAGCCAUCAAAGCACUCACGGGCAACAUGCAUCGGGAUGUGCGCAUUUUUGCUGGAGCCCCUGCCCCUUUGCGGCCUGGCUCCUUAUCCGCCGGCUCUUGGACCGGUGUGCUUACAAUGAGUGAUUUUCCCUGCCGACCAGUGCAGCUGCAAUGGCUGCAUGAUUCGUUCCAUACAGGCAGAGUGCAGGCGGUGCAGCACGUUGUUCACGGCACCUCUGUCUUCACUGCCAACGUCUACGGCUAUCCCUCGGGAAAGACCUUUGUGGAUGCCCGUGCUCGCACUGAGCGCCUUCUUGAAACUCUGACACAUGAGCUGGUCCUCGGCCGUAAAGGCAUUCGCCUGAUCUCGGGAGAUUUCAACCAUUGGCACGACAAUCUCGAUCAGGUUCAGCUCUGGAAACAGCAAGGCUGGAUUGAAGUCCAAGACCUCGCCGAGCAGCGAUGGCAUCGGCCAUUGGUUCCCACUUGCAAAGGCUCCACACAUCGCGACUUCAUCUUCCUCAGCCCAGAAGCGGCAGCCUUGUGUCACGACGUCAGGGUCAUCGAUGUCUUUGCUGAGCAUGCUACUGUAAUCGCCGGGAUGCGGUUGACUGGGGUCCACCGCCCUAUGUCCUGGCCUCUUCCUUCAGAGAUCCCCUGGCAGUCUGUGUCAGUUUCGGCAUGGCAGCACGCCUGCCAACCAAUUCCUCUUCAAGAGCCCAACUCCACACGUUGGCUGCAAUCCUUUGCCCGCGAUUUCGAGCGCAGCCUCAAUGGGUUCGUGAAGGAUUCUCCCGGAGGCCAGCUGCCACACAGAUGUCAUGGUCGAGCACAGCGACUUUCCCCCGACCAUGCUGCUCAGGUCCUUCCGCCAAAGCCGGCCCGACCUGGUGAAGAAUCGGCACACCAUGAUUUACUUUCUUUGGAAGUCAAGCGUUGGUUCCAACAGCUCCGCCGACUGCAGUCUUUGGACCACGCCUUGAAGGCAGGCAACCCCUCGCCUAGUGCAGUUGAGUACCGCUUGGGUUUGUGGCGCUCGAUUGUCGCUUCCAAGGGCUUCCAUCCUACCUUUGCUGAUUGGUGGCCCCUUCGCCCGGUUCGACUUGCCGGCUCCCCAACACAAUUUCCUCCCUGGCUCCCUGAUGCAGCUACCUGCCAUAGACUUUUCUUGGACUUCCGUGACAACUUCCGAAAGUUCGAAGCUUGGAACAUUCGGCAACGCCGUGCCAUUUUGGCCGAGCAAUAUGCGCAGAACCGCAACCUCCUGUUCCGUGACCUCCGUGAUCCCAAGCCAGAACAGGUUGAUACUCUUGAACUGCGCAAGUGCUACUGCGUAUUGGCAGUUGAGCCCUCCACCUGCCUUGUGCAUUUGGACUCUAUCAUCGACACACGUGGUUGCAGCCAAUGGCAACUAGACGGUUGCAGUGUGCAGGUGGACUCUGUUGUCGGCGAUCUCUGCCGGAUCCCCGGAUGUGAGAAUGUUGACGUUGAUUGUGAGCUUGAGCAGACUAUUCUUCUCUCCUCCGCAAAGGAUGUACAGAACGAAUUCGAAAAAUUAUGGUCUUCUUACUGGGGUCGCUUCUCCGACCCAGCCGCGGUUGAUUGGUCACGUGUUACGGCUUUCGCACAAGCCUUCCUUCCUCGUUCCAGCCUGGCCCUCCCACCGAUUGAUUUGCCCCAGUGGCGUGCUGCCAUUAAGCGCUUCAAGCCCCGCGCGGCCCGCGGAGCCGAUGGCAUUGCCCGACUGGACUUGCUCAACAUGUCGGACGCUCAUGCCCAACAAUUGCUGCAGCUGUUUAGGGAUAUCGAGUUGGGGAUUCGAGAAUGGCCUGCUCAGUGGCUUAUCGGGCUGGUCUGUUGCCUGAAAAAGCCAAACCAACUCCUACCGGACACCGCCCUUGGCUUUAUGCCACACAAGGAGGCCUCGCAGUUCUGGUGGAUCCUGGAAGCUCAGAUCGAGCUUGCUUGUCAGCAGGACCAAUCCAUGGUCGGAUUCUCCACUGAUGUGGUGAAGGCCUUUAACGCCCUUCCGCGACAGCCGGUGUUCGCCCUAGCAGAGUGGAUUGGCCUUCCCACCACCCUGCUACAGCCAUGGCAGGCCUUCCUGACUGGACUGGAACGGAGCUUCCUACUGCGCCAAGCUGGAUGCGCAUUGAGCACGGUUGCCAUGAGCCUUGUCUGCUUGGCCUUCCAUGCUUAUGUUGAAGCCUUCGCAUCAAAUGCGGUUCCUCAUUCUUACGUCGACAACCUCAGUUGUACCGCGCAGUCAACAGGGCAGCUGGCUGCAGGGAUCAACGUCACCCAUACCUUCCUGGACAUGCUUGCAUUGUCUACGGACGCCACGAAGACCUACGUGUGGGCGCUCCAACCGGCCCAGCGCUCCAUGCUGUCCAGUGUGGGUUUGCGGGUUGUCGAUCAUGCUCGCGAGCUUGGUGGCAACAUAUGUUUCGGCCGAGCGGUCCGUAAUGCCGAAAUCCUCCAAGCCCUCCCGGCCAAGUUUUGGGCCAGUGCCCUGCAUGGCAUCUCGGGUUGCCCUUUGGCUGAGGUCCACCUGGCCAGCCUCCGCACACAGGCCGUUCGUGCACUGCGCUGCUGCUCCGCUGGCUCUAGCCCGAUGCUUCGACUUUCCACGAGUGGCUUGCUCGAUGCCGAUCCGGGCUUUUAUCAAUUAUGGUCCUCACUUCGAGAUCUAAGGCGUUUGAGUGUCAAAGACGGACGGGUGAUCCCUUUGUGGGCUGACUUUGUGGCCGGCUUUCAAGGCUCCUUGCUCCCGGGGCCAUUCUCUAAGCUUCUGCAGGUGUUGAGUCAGAUCGGAUGGCGACUGGAACCUCCGCCAUGUGUCACGGACCAUGAAGGUUUUCAGCAUGAUCUCACCACAGCCCCAUUGCCCCUCCUCCGCCAGCUCUGCGAACAAGCAUGGCUUAACCACGUUGCAUCUUUGCACCGCCACCGUCGCACCAUGCACGACUUGUGGGGCAUCGAUCUCCCUCUCUUGCAGGCCGAUGCCAGUCGUCUUUCGUCUCUGGACAAGGCCAGAUUGGCUGCCUUGCAAAGUGGAGCCUUCAUGUUUGGGGUCAGUCAUGCUAAGUUCGACGAAUCCAAGGACGGCCUUUGCUCGUGCUGUGGAGUCCCCGACUCGCCUGAACACAGGGUGCGCAGCUGCCCUCUCUACGAAUCGGCCCGGGGCCCUUAUGCCUGGGUGUGUGCAGAGUGGCCCAGUCUUCCGGAGUGCCUGCGCACUCACCUUCUUCCACCAUGCAAUCCACACCUGCCUGCUCUUCGACAACAGCUGGCACGAUUGCCGGAUCGCUCGGGACAAUUCGCCAGCCUCCGAUGUACUGAGGGUCCGCAACACGUGUUUUGUGAUGGCUCUUGCUUGUUUGCCCCAACUCCGGCUUUUGCUCUGGCGGCAUGGAGCAGCGUCAAUGCAUGCACUGGUGAGCUUCUUUCGACUGGCCCGGUUCCCGGUCUUCAACAGACGGCCCCGCGUGCUGAACUGUGGGGCACCUUGUGGACGGAUUCCGCCAUGGUGGGCAAGGGUAUCCGUGGUCUCUUGGAGGGACCUUCACCUGGGUCCGAUGAAAAUCCAGACCUCUGGCAGCUGUUGACCGAGCUAGUCGUGGCAUACCCUGUAGGCUGGUUGUUGGUGCAGCAUGUACCCUCACACCUGGACCCUGGUCUUGGCGUCUCUCCUUUCGAGGACUGGCUUAUCCGCUGGAACGGCCAUGCAGAUACCCUUGCAGGCCUCACAAACAUCAACCGAGCAUUGGACCUUCAAGCAGCGCAUCAGAUGGCUUAUAACUGGCACCUUCGUCAUUUGGAGAUUUUGCGCGCUUUGCGUGGAAUCUACUUUGGCAUUGCUGACAUUACAGCUAAGUCGGGCCACACUUGCCCCUCGGAGGUGGAUCCGGAGGAUACGGAAUUUCCCCUACCACCACCGGUGCCUGCCUUGAUUGAUUCCUUCGAGGAUGCGCUCUCUGUCUCUUGGCGACAGCAGGCUCUGCACUCCUGCCCGGAUCUCCCACAGCAGUUUAUGCAACAACUUUGUGACUUUCUUCUGCAGCAGGGCCAGACGGGCGAGUCAUUGCGCCGUGUUUCGUGGCUCGAAUUGGUAUUUGUGCUACACGCUCAUGGAGGCCCUCGGUUUCCGGUUCGAGCACUGACCUCUGGCCAAUGGUCGAAUCAGGCUGAUGUCCCGCUUGGUGCCCCAGCUCUCACCGUGGAUGUACAGAUGAGCCUCCUUAGGAAGACGCUCCGCCGGAUUCUGGUGGCUCUGAGAAGGGAUGACAUGUUGGUUGAUGGUCUUUCGCUUUUGGAGUUCGGGGUCACGUUCCGAAUUGGUGGGAUUUUGAUUUCUGUUGGAUCUUCGCUCCUUCAGGCCGCCCGAAACCAGCUUUUUCAGUUCUGCGCCGGCCGCAAGGUUUGUACAGUUGGUGACUUGGCCAGGCUGCCUUGA